GAGAAUCCAGACACCAUGCAUCGCGGACAAGCUAAUGAAGACGGCUAUCUAUUCUAUUGUUUAGAAGGUCUUUGUGGUUCAUUGAAAUGCCCACCAUAUACUAAGGGAAGAGAACUUGUUUGUUCUAUGAUGGUGUAUUAUCUAGCCUUGGUUGUUUUUCUUUCCAUGGCAAGAGGAGAAAUGCAGACCGGAAAUUGUAAAGACAUGCUACAGGGUUACCUAACAGGACAAUUGUCGUCUGCUCUAGGGUCAUAUCAGGUAGAAGCUUUAAGGCGGGAAUUCAAAAGCUUCACUGACGUCAUUGAGAAGUCUAUGAAAAAGUUAAAAGAGGAAGUAAAUGCUAGCAUACCGGAUGAUGUAGGCAUAGGAAACAGAAACAUUGUAUACACAAGAUGGGGUAAGAAGACGUGUCCAUCCAACGCAAGCUUGGUUUAUUCUGGUUUUGCUGGAGGAUCACAUUAUACGGAGAAAGGAGCGGCUGUGGAUCCUCUUUGUUUACCGAGGGAUCCGGAGUGGGGGGUUUACAGUGAUGGAAAGAAUGGACAUAAGGCUUUUGUAUAUGGGGCAGAGUACGAAACAAGUACAUUCAUUAGUCGCUUUGCUUCAUUUCACCAUCAAGACGUACCCUGUGCUGUUUGCCUUGUUCAAAAUAGAUCCAUUGUGAAAAUAUUUCCAGCAAGAAAAACCUGCUACAAAGGCUGGGACCUCGAGUACCAGGGUUACCUAAUGGCUGGAUAUCAUGAUCAUGCAGCUGGGACAACAUACACAUGUUUAGACCAAAAUCCAGAUACCUUGCAUGGCGGUCAUGCUACAAAACAUGGCUACCUAUUCUUUUUUGUAGAAGGUCGAUGUGGUUCAUUGAAAUGUCCACCUUAUGUUGAGGGAAGAGAACUAGUGUGCGCUGUUUGUUCCAAAAAAUAA